AUGUCGCCCUCUGCCGGUCAAACGCACAAAUCUACCGUUACCAUGCCUAGUCGGUUCGACUGUAAAGUUCUGUCGUCUCAUCGUUGUGGCGCAAAACAGGACAUUUCAGCUUACUUUCUAAGACGUUCGUGCCCAAACAGCGUCAGGAUGUCCAGGCGAACCGGCUGGAGGAACGUUCCCAGCGACACGGUGAGCUCCCAUCAGGACCAAGCCCUCGGCUCCACCGUGUUCCUUCUGCGGUCCUUCGGCCCGACCGCCUUCCUGCUCAGGGAGGACGGAGAGACGGCCACCUUUAAGGUGUGCUUGGGCGAGCGGCAUACGUGCACCUGUCCGACGUUCGCCAGGGAGCAGCAGCCGUGCAAACACAUCUGCUGGCUUUUACUGAGGAAAUUCCGGCUACCCAGAGAGCACCAGUAUGCCUUUCAGGCGGGGCUGUCGGAGCGCCAGCUGCUGGAGGUUCUCCAGGGUUCACACCAGGCUACAGCCUCUGCUGCUGAGACCCCCCACGAGAGCCUUCCAGGACAAGAGACCGGAAUCAUCUGCCGGAAAGAGAUUCAGAACCGGGACGUGUGUCCCAUCUGUCUGGAGGGGCUGCUGCAGAAAAAACAGCCCGUGUGUUACUGCAGGUACGGCUGCGGUAACAGCGUCCACAUCUCCUGCAUGAAGGUGUGGGCUGACCACCAGGGCCUGUCGGACGGCCGGGAGAUGCUGCGGUGCCCCCUGUGCAGGGAGUGCUUCAGCUCCCUGCAGCUGCUCCAGGAGCAGGCAAAGAACGCGGCCCGGCUCUUCACGGCUGCUGAGAGGGAGCGAGCAGAGAGACACCUGGGAGUGGUCUGCUGCAGCUGCAGAGUGGGCCCAGUCACUGGGACCUGCUACAGAUGCUGCCUCUGCAGCUCUCUGUAUCUCUGUGAGACCUGCGCAACGCAAGGCAGCCACUCGCAGCAUCCUCUAGCUACGAGAAAGACCAGAAAAGAAGAGUGGACUCCUGCGUCUGAGGGCUCCUCCUUGGAUCCAGAGCCACAGGAUGGAAGUGCUCCGGCGGAGCCUCCUGCUUACGUGGUGUUGGAGCGUGUCCCCGCGGCCGUGGUGAGGCGCGGCUCUCGGCUGCUGGAUGAGGGGAUGCAGUGUCGGAUCUGCCUGCGGGGAUUCGGUCUGGGUCAGCGGCUCCGAACUCUUCCCUGUCAACACAAGUUUCACGUGGACUGUGUGGACCAGAUCCUCCUGAGGUCACGCUCCUGUCCCCUAGACGGAUAUGUCAUCUACUGUCAGAGACCGACGGACGGGAAGAGCUCUCCCGAGGUCGCCUCCGUCCCGCAGCAGGAAGACCGCCUGAAAGACCUGUUUGUCCCUGGGAUAGCGCUGCUCGCUCAAAAUACCAAACCCUCUCCUGCGUGUGGAGCUCCUAACUCGGAGGUGCCGAUGGACGCCUCGUCUUUUAGUUGUCUAGCGCCGAAUACCCGCAAAAAGACCCGAGGCGGCAUGGCCGCCAGGAAAGCCAAAGUGCAUCCGAAAGAUGCGGACGAGGAGACCGUUAGAGACGCGACGGGAGACGGCUUGGAGCUGAGAAUGACCGGAUUUUCCAUAAACAAACAAUAAUAGCAGACGAGGAUGUCUGCAUUUUUCACUCGAUGCGUUCUAAUCUAAUUAUUAAAUCAGUCAAAAUCAUUUAGAGUAUUUUGGUAUGAAGUAAGUUUAUUAAGCAAGUUCUCAAAAGAUGCAACAACUACAACAACACUAAGCACUACAAAGGUAAAAACACAAGCGGUGGCCCGUUCGGAAGAAACCAAAGGGCGUGACGAUGGAUGGAUCUGUACGGCAUAUUUAGUACAGAUUACAUUCAUCUGGAUCGCUACAAAAACCAGAGCGACGACAGGUUUGUUGUACUCGAUGACAAUAUUUGCACAAAGUGUUGAAAACUCCUUCUCGUCUCGCCGAAAAAGCAAGGAGACAUUGCGUUUUCGAGCUGAUGAUAUUCGUGAUUGAGCUACGUGUCUUAGAAGGCUCCGUCCACUGAGACGACCUUAAAAUAAGUCACGGCGACACAACGUGAGUGGAUCGUUCCGCCUUCUUUCAAAUAGAAACCAAAAAAAACCCAAAAUAAACAAGAUGACGUCGUUAAACUACUGCUCACGGAAAAUGGUAUCUACGUAUAAAAGCCAACACUUGAAUACACGGAAUCGAGCAUCGAUCGUGAUUAAAAGUAAGCUAUAAUGGAAGACUAUAAAGGUGAAGUUGAAUUGCAAGAAAUAUUCGUUUGUGGUGAGAAUUAUUCUGUUCGAUUUCAAAACAUAUGGACGAAGUCCAUAAAGGCUUCGUCACUUUAUGGACCGAGGCCAGUUGUUCCCAGGACUGAUGACAGUGUUACGGUAGCUACAUGUUUGGAAUCUUAAUUCUUUUAAGGAUUCCAUCUUAAAUUGAUGCUAUUGGUCCUCUAUGUACUUAUCUGAGUAUACAGACACGCCAAAAGUUUGGAAACAACUCUGUUUAAUGCUUUUCUUCCAAAAUUAUUUUCGAGAAAACCACAGCUCGAUCCAAACACCUGAUAAAUAUAGCAAAGCACAUUCUAAUUAAAAAGUCUCUUUAUGCUAUCUUAUCGCAAAGUAUAUCAAUAUGUUGUUUUGUACUUCCAGACUUUUGGCCUGCCCUAUAAGUGUACAUGAAAAUGACAGGAUGAACAAGCGUAUAGUCUUAUUGCAGCGAUUCCUGGAACUUUAGUUUUGUUCAGUAUUUUUGACCAAAGGCGUAAUAGCGGUGGCUACCAGUCCAUAAAUUACACGUCUGACACCUUGUUUUUUUUUUCAAACUCUGGUACCAACAUCAGAGCCAGCAGUUUUCCCCAAGUAGAGGCUUGACGCCUUUUCCCUUUGCUGUUUUUGACCACCUGGCUAACAAGUCAGAUCAGACUGGGUCUUUUCAGCAAACCUACGACUCCCCCAGUUUAUCGCAACAACUACCGCAAAGAUGUGCGUUUGCAUGAAUUUGCGCGGACGGGAAAGACGUCGGCUUUCGCUUUCAACAACUCGCAAACAAAGGUGUGUGACUAACUCCCUUGAAAAGCAUCAAAACAUUUAGUCGACUUCAACCCUCCGUUUGAUGGCCAAUCAUUCCAAUCGUGCGCAAAGUUGUGAAAAACGUAUCGAGAUCCUGGCCUAAAAGUAUCCUGACUGGAUCGGUGGGCGAUGAAAGUGAAACCUGUUUUACGUUAAAGCAUAUAGACCCGUUAAGGUAGAUCCCCUGAAUACAUUUCUAAACUUGGAAAUAAACUAAUAUUGGCUCUUUCGCGCCUCUCCAACUGUUGAGUAAAAAUCCCAGAGUUGGAAUUACAGUAUGCCCUGUAUGGCAAGAUCUGACGGUAAAAACAUUCAGUCACCGAGUUGUCUAAAAGCUAUACUCUUGUGUUCACUCGCUAGAGGAAACAUUCAUUUUCAUGCAAAGAAAAGCAACUGUAGACCUAAAAUAUCGUAUAUCACGUGUGAACGUAAUGUGGCAGCUCUGUGCUUGUGUAUAUUAGUCUUUCUCCGGGUCAGUGUUGCAGUCCUCUUGAGGCAGUGUGUUCAACAACCGAGUGAGAGUACCGAGAAUUAGGAAAGCUUGUUGAAUUUAAAGCAGGCAUUUGUGGUGAGGAUAGGUGCAACUGUCCAUCCUGCAGAUUCAGAUUUUCAAUAAAUACAAGGAAACAAAUUACAUUUUGUGACUACGGGCAGUAAGAAAGGCACCGUCUGUAAUGCAAACACUGGGAAUGGUUACGCUUUCAAGAAUCUCGCUGGUGAUCUUCAGAUUUCAAGAAAUGAGAGAAUGAGGUGCAGAAACCUUUUAACCCUCCCGUUAUGUUCAAAUGUUUUCCCCAAAACAAUUUUACAUCUGAUUAUUGCUAACAAUUUCAAUCAAAAUUUGAUGAUAGAUAGAUAACAAUAUUUACUUCUUUGUUUUUCUAAUAUCCACUAGGAAAACCUACAAAGAAAAAUCAAUGGUUAUACAUGAAAAUGUUUUUUUUCUUCCUUUUUCACUUCCUGUAUGUAAGUAUGACCUAGUAAUCUUGUCCAAGUUGUCUACUCCUCCUUUGGUAGCAUAGUAGUAAAGGGUCUUUCUUUCUUCCUGGUCCUUUCAAGUGCUCAUUUCAACACUUUUGUGCAAAUUGUUCAUGAGCACAUGUUGAGGGGUGAGGGGUAUGUUAGCCCCUCACCCCCUUUUUAAGGAUUCUGAAAAUGUGAAAACGACUACAUCGUGUGCAUCAUGUUUAAGGUUUCCCUUAAAGAGAAUAUUCGUAUGUUUGCCCACUCCUCUGUGUCCGCUCAACAUGGAUCAAAUUUGCUCAUGACAACAGAAAAGGCUUCUCAGCUCCUGCUUUCUCACAGUUUGCUAGUGAGGUGAAGAGAAAAAGGAAAGGGUGUGCAAUAUUUGUGUCUGUGUAUCAGAUGAAAUUUGUUUCAGAGUAGCAUACAAACAAAUAGCAUCACUUUGGACCCUUUGGGAACCUACAUUUGACUGCUCUGUGUCAGUCUGUGUGGGGGGUUAAAACUACA